AAAUGGCGGUCCUAAAGAAAAUGUCGUGAUCAACGUGAGGAAUGUAAUUCAGUUUUGCGAGGAAUUUAAUCAUUUUAUUGAGUGUAAAGUAACGAAAUAUGUCAUUUCAGAGUGAUAACGAAUUGAAAAGGUUACUCGGUAACCCGGUCAAAAAUGUCGGCGAAGAGGGUUCGAUGGCUCCACCAAUUUCUACAAACGUGCCAAGGCCGAGUACCUCGCAAAACCCACAGUCCACCAUGAAUCCCAUGACACCGGCAUACAGCACAAAAGAAGUCGUCGAACCCUGUUUGCAAAACGUAGUUUCAACAGUUAAUUUAGGAACCGAACUGAAGCUAACCUACAUAAAUACAAGAACGAGAAAUUCGGAAUACAAUCCCGCUCGUUUCACGGGAUUAAUAAUGCGAAUUCGAAGUCCUCGGGCAACUGCACUCAUCUUUAGAUCCGGAAAAUUAGUCUGUACUGGAGCCAGAUGUGAGGAAGAUUCUUUCCUGGCUGCAAGAAAAUUCGCGAGGAUUAUUCAGAAGCUUGGUUUUCCCGCCAAAUUCCUAAACUUUAAAAUACAGAAUAUAGUGGCGACUGCCGAUCUUAAAUUUCCCAUUAAGCUGGACAAUUUCAACGAGAAACACUGCCAAUUUUCAAGCUACGAGCCAGAACUCUACCCUGGUUUGAUUUAUCGAAUGGUCCUGCCGAGAGUUGUGCUACUUAUUUUCGUCAACGGCAAAAUUGUCCUGACUGGUGCAAAAAAUCGGUCUGAACUUCACGACGCUCUGACGAAUAUUUUUCCAAUUCUGAAGAGUUUCAGAAAGAAAUAAAGAAACUCUACAAUUCUUUAUUCUACGCCUUCGAACAAGAUUUAGAGAAAUGUACUUUUCUUAUACUCAAGAUGCUUUAUCUUGAAAACUAUUAUUUGGAAUUAAUAAUUGUAAAAAAUUUUUUUCUCGAUGAGAAGAUAAGAGUAGAUUUAGAUUAAAUUAAAUUAAAUCAGAAGAGCGGAUUCGUUGAAAUGCGAGGGAAAAAAAAACCGAAUUGGUGUUUUCAGAAAUUGUAAGUUGUAUAUAAAAAUGUUAAUAAUUUAAUGUAAAAUCUGAUUCUUUCCAAAAGAAUCGAAUGCUGAAAAAAUUGCAACUUUUUUUCUAUGUAUUUACUUUAUUUUUCGCGUUUUUUUUUAGAAUUUACAUGCCGAACUUUUGAAUUUGAUCUUUUUGAAAGAGUCAGAAUUUAAACUGAAUCAGAUUAUCAAUCUGUGAUUUUUUUCAAGAUUGAUAUAUGAUAGGUGUGUUAGUUUUUAAUGCACUUUUUUCCAAAUAACGGCAAUUGGAAAAGGGUAAAGAGAAAUUCUUCCUCAAUGUUUUUUGUUCUGGGAAGUUUGAAACUCUAGUUGUUAAGUGUUUUGUACACUAGUUUUUUUUUCCAUUUUGCAUCGGCCGUUUAAUUUCGAAUAAGGUAAAAUUUGCGAUGUUACGGGGGGGGGGGGAUAUAGAAUUUGUAUUGAAAAUAUUAGUUUGUAUUUUCCAUAAUUGUCACUUUUUUUACCUAUCGUAGAAAUAAAAUUCAACAUACAAA